AUGACACGACUUCAGAAGGACGACGUCGUAUCCGUCGAAGCAGUCAACGUGGCGUCCACGUGGACACAUUCAAAUGAUAAGCGGGACAAAGUCCUGUCGAUCUCUGAUAGUCUUAUCGAAAAGAAGAAGAAGAGAGAAAGGAAGUUUCCGAUGGGAGAAGAAGAAGAAGAAGACGUCGACGGGGUGGCGGUGGUGGUUUAUUGA